UUUUACUGGCUGAGUCCAGCGCUGGUCACCAAGUCACAUCAGCUGCCAGCAGUUAUUUCUUUACUGAACUUGUUUUUUAGUGAAACAGGUUCACUGUGUGUCCCGGGGACAGAGGCCCAGACUAUAUCCAGUGUUUGGUAAAGACAGGAGAAGAAGAACAGGGUCGGCAGGAGACCAGUCUGAUCCAGGUGGCGGUAAUGCACCAAAAGCUGUUCACCUACCGCCAUAAAACAUCAGAAGAAGAAGAAGAAGAAGACAUCGCGAGAACACGACGGCUGCACGAGAUCCAGCAGAGCUCUUGUAUCUCAGCCUGAAGAUCUCCGAGGACAGAAUCCAGAGUCAGUCCAGGACCGCGCAGUCCACCACUCACAGCGGAGACCUGCAGGACGAUGGAGAACCAGAACCCGGAGCACAGAGGACCAACAGCGGGCUCGAGCUCUGAUAGCACCGAUGUUCAGAAACGGAGAGGAAGCGAUGGACUCAAAUAUCACCCCUGUCAGCACUGUGACAAAUCUUUUACAAGAUCAACAUCUUUAAAGAUUCAUCAGAGACUCCACACUGGAGAGAAACCAUACAGCUGUGACCAGUGUGGGAAAGCUUUCAUUCAGUUAGAUAAAAUGAAAAUCCACCGACGUGUUCACACUGGAGAGAAACCAUAUAGCUGUGACCAAUGCGGGAAAACUUUUAAAACAUCAGGUUACCUAAAAAUCCACCAACGUGUUCACACUGGAGAGAAACCAUACAGCUGUGACCAAUGUGGGAAAACUUUCACUACAUCGGGUGACCUAAAAGUACACCGUCGUGUACACACUGGAGAGAAACCGUACAGCUGUGAUCUCUGUGACAAAGCUUUCACUACAUCAUCUGGCCUAAAAGAGCACAGGCGUGUUCACACUGGAGAAAAACCAUACAGGUGUGAUCUGUGUGACAAAGCUUUCACUAAAUCAUCUGAACUAAAAGAGCACAGACGUGUUCACACUGGAGAGAAACCAUACAGGUGUGAUCUGUGUGACAAAGCUUUCACUAAAUCAUUUGACCUAAAAGAGCACAGACGUGUUCACACUGGAGAGAAACCAUACUGGUGUGACCUGUGUGGGAAAACUUUUACUCAGGGUAGUCACCUUAAACGCCACCAACGCAUUCACACUGCAUCGUAUUGAACAUUUUUCAGAGCCAAGAUAGCCGUUUCCUCCUGUCUCCUCCCCAUGCCCUGAUAGCUAUUGUAUUGUGAGUUUCUUUACAACAGUAACAUUAUAUUCUAAGUAGUUUGUUAUCGUUGCUAUGACUACGUACUGGCCUGCCCCUCCGUUUCUUUCCGUUGAUGAUUUCUUACAGUGUAUGUACAAAGAGAGACUUUUUUUACAAAUAUUUGUUUUGAGGUCAAUAACCUUUUUUAUUAUUAAUUGUCUUUAAUUAUUCAUGUAGAACCAGAGCUGCAGAAUGAAAAAGCUACAAAGAUGAAGUGAUAAUUAAGUGAAGUUAAUCAAAUUUUAAUGUAAGCUAACAACAACCUAAAAAAAACAGGAAGAAAUGUUGAUAAGCGUAUAGCUGAGCUGGAAUUAAGGCUGUAACAAUUAUGAAAUUUUAGUUGACGAUUAAUUGUCAUACAAAUAAUUGCGAUUAACAAUUUUAAUUUUCUUUUUCUGAAAUAAUUGUGACAGCCCUAGCUGGAAUCAGAUUUACAAAGAUGGAAAAUUAUUUUAGUUCUUAAAGUCAAUGUAAAGCACAGAAGUGUUAUUAACCACCCAGCCAAAUUUGAAGGAUUAAAAAAUUGCCAAGUAAAUAAAAUAAGUUAUCAAAAUCUUGAAAAAUUUGCAGUAUUCUCUGCUCUCAAACGCUGGGGGUGUAUCCACUGAGGGCAAGGCCAAUAUAACAUUACAUGCAGUAACAUUAGCGAGCUUACACAAUGUAAAAUCACGUUAGGGGGUUGCAAAAUUUAGUAGAGUUACUUUGGACUACCUACUAUAAUUAUAACAUAAGCACACAAGACAGCUUACAGUCAUUGGUUGGUACGACGAUGGCACUAGAUAGUCAGUUCGGCCCCAUACAUCAGUGACAGCGGAUUUUCAGUGAAUCCCAGUUGUCUCUGAUUCAAGUUUGUAAAACUAUCGUGUGUAAAAUGUUCACUGCAGAGGCGGGAGUUGGUGGUGAUCUUCAGCUUUCCAUCAACGUGGCUCUUCACAAAAUCAAUCCACAUCUUCUUGAUCUCAUCAUUCUUUGGAAAUUUUAAUAAGGAGACCGAGCUGUUUUGUAAAUUCUCGCAUUCAGGGAAUAUGCAAUAUGGUGGUGUUGAAGAGUCAGAGUGUGUUUGAGCGCCACCUGCUGGUCAUGAAGCAGACAGAGCAGAAAGAGAAAUAAUGAAGAGAACAGAGUGCUGCUGUUUCACCAUCUUCUGCUCUUCCCUUCAUUGUUUUCCUCUCUGGAUGUUGCUGUGCUCUGACAGUAAACCACUGACGUUUAGUGACUGAAGGAGCAGCUUUUCUUUCUUACUGAGCUUUCGAAUGUGUCUGUUAGCUCACGUGACCUUUGACCUUGUCAGCAUUUCCUCCCUUACUGUAACGUGCAGAAGCUGAUGUGGUUCCUGCAGGAGACUGUAAAGUUGGUUCAAUCACACAGUGGUUUGGAUUCUACCUGCUGCAGUUCAGAAUUACUGCACUUCUGUUUUGGCUCCGCUGUUACUGAGUUAAGACGAGUUAAGGUAUAAUAAGUUGAACUUAGCAUUAAAAGCACCAAGUUUCAGUUAUUUUGAUAAAUAACCUUCGAAAUGAAGCUGCUGCUGUUCCUCACCUUCCUAAUGUGUUACACAGAGACAUAUACAGUAUACUGUACAUACAUAUAUUUUAUGUAUUCAUGUCUUUCUGCCACAUUGUUACUGUUGACUUCUUCAAUAUUUAGCCACCAUGACCACCAUGUUUCCUGAACCUUGUCGAAGUGUCAGAGUCUAAACAGAGCCAUAAAAGUCCAUCUUUCUUUAGUUUCUACGAGCAGAUGUUGUAUUACAUUGACAGAAAGCAAAUCUAAUUUUACUGCUAUGUUCAAUAAAAACACACAUGUACAUGAAGUUAAUCUGUUGACAAACGGUGGAAAUAUUAGCAAAAGAAAGUCAAGUUACUGAAAUCAGUAAUGUAGAGUGGAUGAAACUAAAUAUAAAUCAACAAGUGUGUGGAGAGGAGAUCUCCCUGGAUUCAAGUCCAGGCCUGCAGACCAGAAAACAGAAUCAGAAAUGCUGCAAUAUGCUUCAAUAGUUUUACAUUGAGUAAUUCCAAGUGCACAAAAUGAAACUAAAGUUAUUGCAGUAAUGCAAUUCUGGGGUGGGCUGUAAACCACAUACAAUUACAGAACGCUCUGCCUCACCUGCACAAGUCUUCCAUAGAGGUCAACAAGGGAUAAAAAUAUGCAUUUUUAUUUUUCAGAUGUAGAUGUAUCAGAAUGGAGCCAACAUUCAGUCUAAUUUACAAUUUUACAUUUUUGUUUUGAAUAUCAAGUUUUUACAAUAGUGUGUAAACGUGUAAAAGUGAGUGUAAAUACACAGAGGUUUGGUUCAGUCUGAGUGAGAAAACAGUUGAUGAACUUUGAAAGAUGUGGUCAUUAAAUGUAUUUUGAGUCAAGCAAAGUGA